AUGGCCACGUUAGCAAAGCCUCGAUCUGAAAUGACUCAAGAAGAAUUAGCAGCGAAAGAACAGGAGGAAUUCAAUGUUGGUCCACUUUCUGUGCUUACACAGUCAGUAAAAAAUAACGCGCAAGUCCUGAUCAACUGCAGAAACAACAAGAAAUUACUUGGUCGUGUGAAAGCUUUCGAUAGGCACUGUAAUAUGGUUCUGGAAAAUGUUAAAGAAAUGUGGACAGAGUUACCAAAGACGGGAAAAGGGAAGAAGAAGGCGAAGCCCGUCGCGAAGGAUCGUUUCAUCACAAAAAUGUUUCUUCGAGGCGAUUCUGUUAUCAUUAUAUUGAAAAAUCCAGCGGUAGCAGUUUCAGAAUCCACCUAA